AGGAUCUUUUUCGCUUCCCUUGCUCUAAACGCUACCGUUGGCUCUCUCUCUUUCUCUCUCUCUCUCUCUCUAUCUAUCUCUCUCUCUCUCUUCUCUUUCUCUCUCUUCUCUGCAAACCCUAUAAACAGUGUCCACGACUCCAACCACCGUCAGCAAUCAAGGCUAGGAAGAAGGGAUGCUGUUUGAUUAAAUGUUUGACCAUGUGGAUCCUCUUACUGGUUUGGUGGAUUCAGCCCGGAGAUGUUGCGGCUCCGUAAGUGGAUGGAUUUCUAGCUUACUCUGGAAAAAUAGCGGAGAACUAAUCGGCUCACUUUUGGGUAAUUUUCUCUUUGAAUUUACUGAAGAUUGGGAGAAUCAGCAUUCAUCUACCAUGGUUGUGAAUGAUCAUAUAGAAAUUAUUUCAUCCGAUAGUGAUGUGGAAAUAGAAGAUGCUAGAGAUAACAUAGGAUCUGCUAAUCAUAGAACUCUUCCAUUUUGGGCAAGUGUACCCGAGACAAGCUCGAGGAAUGGAGGUUAUGCUGGAAGAUCAUAUGCUUAUAAUGGACGCACGGUAAAUAUUAACGGCCAUACAGAUGGAAAACUGCAGAAUCACUUUGGCCCCAUUGAUCAUGUAGGACCCUCAAGUCGUCACAUUUCCCGCACAGAUAAUUCAAAGUAUAAUGGAAAUGUGUAUCAACCUCAGACUGUUAAUUCGCGAAUUGCAAAUAGUUCUGAAACAGAUUAUGAGAAAAUUUCAUCCCAACAGGCUCUAAAGAGAACCCUUCCAUUGACUAUUGCACCAUCUGCAACAAGCUCUAAAUCACACACUUCUGUAGAUAAUAUUAGGCGCAGUCUUAAUUGGGACACUUAUGGAAGUUCACACAAUUCAGCAGGUCCAAGUUCAAUUAGUGGUAAAAGCUAUAUAAGAGAUCAUUCUAGUAGGGUUAAUGAUAAUGAAGUUAUCAAGUAUGAAAACAAUAUGAGUAGGAUCCUGCCUCCCUCUUUGAUGCAUGGCAAGUCUAUUCCUGCUGCACAAUUUCCUACAUCCAGUGAUCCUGCAUAUCGUUCAGGAAUAACUGAAGAAAACGCUGCAGGAAGUGAUGAAAGAUUGAUAUAUCAAGCAGCAUUGCAGGAUCUCAAUCAACCAAAAUUUGAAGCUAAUUUACCUGAAGGUCUCUUGUCAGUCCCUCUUCUAAGACAUCAGAAAAUCGCAUUGGCAUGGAUGCUUCAGAAAGAAACCAGAAGUUUGCACUGUUUGGGUGGAAUUCUAGCUGACGAUCAGGGCCUUGGCAAGACGAUCUCAAUGAUUGCCCUUAUACAAAUGCAGAAGUUUUUGCAGUCAAAAUCAAAAUCAGAAGACACCUCUAAUCGAAAAACUGAAGCGUUGAAUUUAGAUGAUGACGAUGAUAAUGUUCCAGUUGUUCUGGAUGAAGUCAAGAAGACUGAAGAAUCUGAUGAUGUUAAACCAAUUCCAGAAGUUAGUACUUCUACACAGACAUUUAGUAAGCGGAGGCCAGCAGCUGGUACACUGGUAGUAUGCCCAGCAAGUAUUCUUCAACAGUGGGCCAGGGAGCUGGAUGACAAGGUUGCGGAAGAAGCAAAGCUUGAGGUCCUAAUAUACCAUGGAGGCAGCAGGACAAGAGAUCCUGUUUCACUGGCCAAGUAUGAUGUGGUUCUCACAACAUAUGCGAUUGUAACCAAUGAAGUCCCAAAACAGCCUAUAGUGGAUGAGGAUGAAGCUGAUGAAAAGGGUGGGGAAAAGUAUGGAAUAUCUUCUGAAUUUUCCUUCAAUAGGAAGAGGAAACAGACUUCCAAUAAUACUGGCAAGAAGCGAAAGAGGGGUAGAAAAGGAAUUGAUAGUUCCUCUAUUGAUAGUGAUUGUGGUCCCCUUGCGAGAGUGGGUUGGUUUAGGGUGAUACUAGAUGAAGCUCAGACAAUUAAAAAUCACAGAACUCAAGUGGCUAGAGCCUGCUGCAGCCUUCGUGCCAAAAGAAGAUGGUGCUUAUCUGGUACACCAAUACAAAACACAAUUGAUGAUCUCUACAGCUACUUCAGAUUUCUGAAAUAUGACCCAUAUGCUGUGUAUAGAUCGUUUUACAGCACCAUUAAGGUUCCAAUAUCCAGAAAUUCAAUCCAAGGUUACAAGAAGCUACAAGCAGUUCUGAGGGCUAUAAUGCUCCGUCGAACAAAAGGUACAUUGAUUGAUGGCAAUCCUAUAAUUAGCUUACCGCCAAAAACAAUACACCUGACUAGGGUGGACUUCACAGCUGAGGAGCGUUCUUUCUAUACUCAGCUAGAAUCUGAUUCACGAUCUCAAUUCAAGGCAUAUGCUGCUGCUGGGACAGUGAAUCAGAAUUACGCAAAUAUCCUUCUGAUGCUUUUGCGUCUCAGGCAGGCUUGUGAUCAUCCAAUUCUUGUCAAAGGAUAUGAUUCUGAUUUUGUUGGAAAAGAUUCUGUGGAAAUGGCAAUGAUGCUUCCUAAAGAUAUGCUUGUCAAUCUACUCAACCUCUUGGAAACUUCCUUGGCCAUCUGUCGUGUAUGCAAUGAUACGCCAGAGGACCCAGUUGUUACCAUGUGUGGCCAUGUUUUCUGCUAUCAGUGUGUAUCUGAAUAUUUGACAGGUGAUGACAAUAUGUGUCCUGUUAGUGAAUGUAAACAGCAAGUUGGUUCUGAUGUCAUCUUUUCCAAGGCUACUCUGAAACGUUGUAUCUAUAAUGAUCCUGAUGAUAGUCCUGUGAAAUCGCAAUUUGCUGAUAAUGCUCUUGUCAGGCAAAAUGAGUACAGUUCUUCUAAAAUCAGAGCUCUUCUAGAGAUUCUGCAGGCACAUCACAAGUUAAACAACCAAAAUUCGGAAUUAUCAAUCAAGAUGGAAUACAAUGGAAAUAUGUCACCGAAGUUGCCCAAUGAACAACCAAUAAAAGCAAUUGUGUUUUCCCAGUGGACUAGCAUGUUGGACUUAGUUGAGAUGUCACUGAACCAAUCUUCUAUACAAUACAGAAGACUUGAUGGCACAAUGACUCUAGCUUCAAGAGACAGGGCUGUCAAAGACUUUAACACUGAUCCUGAGGUUACUGUUAUGGUAAUGUCAUUAAAGGCUGGAAAUCUUGGCCUAAACAUGGUUGCUGCAUGUCAUGUUAUUCUUUUGGAUCUUUGGUGGAAUCCUACUACUGAAGAUCAGGCUGUUGAUCGGGCACAUAGAAUUGGACAGACUCGUCCUGUCACCGUAACACGGCUUACCAUUAAAGAUACAGUGGAAGAUAGGAUAUUAGCUCUCCAGGAAGACAAGAGAAAAAUGGUGGCUUCUGCAUUUGGUGAAGAUCAUACCGGGGGCACUGGAACUCGCCUGACAGUAGAAGAUCUCAGAUAUCUAUUUAUGGUUUAAAAAAUUCCAUCAGGCCUAUAUCCUAGUAUUUCUUUUGAUCCUUUAGGUAUCAAAGUUGUCUAGAAAAGGUGAUCUCCAGAUUGUCAAAGAACAUGAAUCUGGAUCCUGAUUGAUCGGCAAGAUGGAAAAUUUGUGGCUUCAUUGGUCAUGCGUGGCGAUGGUGGCGUGGUUGUGACCAAUGAUGUGGACACAUUUUCUUGGUUAACUUCAAAUGAAUUUUUACUUUUUGAGGGCCAAGUAAGGCAUUUUUGUUCCCAACAAAUGCUUCACGAAGCGUUCGGAGGGUGCCUGUAAAUAUUCUAAUCAAUCUGUGUAUACCUGUCCUUUCAGUAGUUUAGUAUAAAUUUUUCUUUUCUUUUCA